AAGUAAAUUUCCUUGGAUGGUCGGGGGUACUCCUUCCCAAGAAGUAAUAGAAUCUUUAGAGGCCGCUCCAGAGACUUUGUCCGUCAUAGACAGUGCAAAUUCCAAUAAACCAUUAGUUUUGUCGAGUCAAUUAUACAAGGUCGCAAUUUGUAGUAGAGAUAUGAUUUCUGACUGA